UCUCUCUCUCUCUCUCUCUCUCUCUCUGCCGCCCUUCACUGCGCAUCGACAAUGGCGGAAGAGGGACCGCCUCCUUCGACCCAAACCCUAGAUCCGAUCGCGCAGCGGAAGCACGCCGCAAUGCUCGAGCGCAUCUCCAACCACCACCAAUCCCGUCUCCACGCAUCCGCCGCGCGCCGCUCCGCCUCCGCCGCGUCCCCUUCCUUCGACUCCGUCGCCGCGUUCCUCGAUCGCUUCUCCGAGUUGAGGCGAUCGAUAGAGAGCGACCUCGCCCGGUGCCGCGGCGCCGCCCCCGCCGCCGCCGCCGAUAUCUGCUCGGCCCCCGCCAUUAAGCCCGAGCUCGAGAAGGUCUCCGCCUCCAUCUCCGAUCUCGAGCGCCUCCUCGCCGAGAACUCCUACUUCCUCCCGUCCUACGAGGUUCGAUCCUCCCUUAAGGCGAUCUCCGAUCUCAAGGAGGCGUUGGAGGUCGCCAAUUCGGAGCUUCUUCCGAGGAAGAAGUUCUCCUUCAGGAACAAAGCCCCAAAGAAGGAAUCCGCCACUUUGGUGAAAGAAAUCGACGAGAGAAAAGUCCCAGAUGAGGAAAAAUCAAAUCUUGCGGUCGUUCGCGACACGCCGGGGUUCAGGAACGAGAAAGGUGCAGUUUUGGUGAAGAAAUUCAGGGCUUCCGAAGAAGACGAAGGGGAUUUCACCCUAGCCAAUCUCGAAUCUUGCAAAGUUUACCUCAAAGGCCGGUUUCGGGCACUCUUUGUGCAUCGGCUUAAAGAUUGCAACGUUUUUGCUGGGCCUGUUCUUGGAUCUAUCCUCAUAGAGGAGGCAAGCAAUUGUGUGUUCAUGUUGGCCUCCCAUCAGAUCAGGAUUCACCAAGCCACGGUGGCUGAUUUCUAUCUCCGUGUUCGAAGCAGGCCGAUCAUAGAGGACUGCAGUGGGGUGAGAUUUGCGCCGUAUCGGUUGUUUUAUGAAGGGAUUGAUGAAGAGCUCAGAGUUUCUGGACUCGGAGUGGAAACAGAAAAUUGGGCAAAUGUGGAUGAUUUCAAGUGGUUGCGGGCGGUGCAGUCGCCAAAUUGGUGUCUUAUACCGGAGGACGAACGAUUAGGCAGUGUAAACAUUUCAGAAGUUACGGAGCAGGACAAUGAUAAUUAGUUCUUUUUUACUCUGAAUUUUCUGCCUUGUUGCAUGUUUGAUUAACCAGGUAUCAGUUUGUUUUAUUUGGGCACUUCACUAUUCUUUCAGAUUAAUCUUAUUUUAUAUAAACCCUGGUUUUUAUUUGUUAUUC